AUAUAAGAACGAUCACCAAUUUAGUUCAUAUGUACCUAACCAAAUUACCAUUGACCUAGAUUUACUCCAUUUUCUCCCUCUAUAUAUAGAUCCACUCUACCAUUCACAAAACACACUAUACAAACUCCAAAAAAUAAAGCCAUCCUUGCUUCGCCAAUAAUUAAUCCAUACUAUUACAAAGUUAACUAUAGGAAUGGCUUGUCCAAGGGUCUCUAUUUUGACUUUUUGCUUAUUACUUUUUGUUGUAGGCUUUGUCUCGCAAUAUUGUGAAGCUAGAAAGGUUUUAAUGCCUUACAAUGCAAGCGAGGGUUUGUUUCUUAGUACCUUACCAAAGGGUAAUGUGCCACCUUCGGGUCCAAGCGACAAGGGUCACACUUUUCAGCCGGAGGAUUAUUUGGACAAGCAUAUGGUGUCGGAGAUUCAUCGCCAACUAGGAUCGGUCCCUAGCCCCGGCGUUGGUCAUUAGGCACAUUGAUUGCCGACUUUAUAUAUAUUUAUUUUGGCUUUCAUUUCAUGAUAUUAUCAUAUAUCAUACCGUACGGCGUCUUAUGAAGAAUGUUUGUGCCUGUGUGUCUUCAUAUGUGAUCUAAUACCAAGUACUGAAAUAGAUGUGUUUGUGUGUGUGAUCGGUGAUUAAGUAAUAAAGAUA